GUAAUUCAAAGAUGGCAGCUGUUAUGGUAUUUUUUGGAUUCGCUAUAACUUUCAUCUUCUGUGCAGAGUUUUUCAUUAUUCUCAGGGAAGCAACAAAAGCAUCAGCGGACGGAGAAUACGCGAUAAAAUCCAUAAAAGCACUUGCGAAAAUCACUUUUACCUCUACGAAAGCCACCGGGCUGGAAAAGUUUGCAGUAAAAAAAAACGACUAAAUGCGCUCGUUUGGAUCAUUGAUGCGAUGAUCGUAGUUGUACACUGCUCUUUCGAAGAAACUUCAAUGACGAUGUAUCCAUUUCUGAUUAUUAUGGAUCAUCUAGCUACCAUCCAGCUAUCAUUAACUCUUCUAUUUGCUACUGCACAUUUAGUUCUUACAAACUAUCGUCUAUUCUCUGAUGGGUGACGUCGCUUGUAAAAUAAAUUUUUUGAAUUUUGAAUUUUCGUUCCAUACC